AUGGCUAAUAUUCAAGCCAAAGCUGCUACUAUUGUAGUAGCAUCCAAUCUGCAUCUCUCCGGCGUCGAAAAGGAGAUGUCUACGGCAUCUGCCACUGCUCAAGUCGAUCAACAUUGGCGUCACUAUAAGGGAGAAUAUGGCGGUGGUUGCCCCAAUCAUAUAAGAAGCGCAACUCUUGCGCCAUACUUAACACCAAGUAAAGGAGAAUCUCGUUUUCACAAGUGA